ACUUGAAGAGAGAGAGAGAGAGAGAGAAUAGAUGAUGUGACACUGACAAUACCAAUUUCAAAAGUUGGAAGUUGUUGGUUGAUAAAAGAGAACUACUUUUGAAUCAAGUUUUUUGAAUCUUCCUCUCUUCUAAGGAUUUAUGAUGCUUGUUUGUACAUGGACAUAGAUAGCUUCUGCUUCCAGUAAGGAUUUAUGUGAUAAACGCCAAACCCAAUGAUAACAAGAUGUGUGACUCACCAAUUCUGCAAAAUGCCUUGAACCAAAACGAUUCCCUCUGUAAAUGUUCUCAUUCUGGUCUGAUUUGUAGCUCGAAAAUCGACUAUGCGGCCGGUGAUAUCUCAUCUUUAGAGGUGAGCAAUAUUGGAGGAGGUACCACAGGGCUUGGAUCUUACAUUAAAACCAACAAUUCUUUCUCGUACAGAUUCCAACUUGAACAGGAUGUACGGAAGUUACAGCAGCAACUGCGAGAAGAGAUAGAGCUGCACACUGUUCUGGAAAAUACUAUAGAGAAAAAUGCUACUAAAAUCUUGAGUCCGUCACGCCUACCUCACUAUGCCUACGAACUCUUGUCCACUAUUGCAGAAUUGGAGGUUACUGUUUCAAACCUUGAACAAGAGACGGUAUCUUUGCAUUUUCAACUUAGUCAAGAAAGAAAUGAACGAAGGCUUGCGGAAUAUCGCCUAAGGCAUCCAUCUCCUCAGACAACAUCUCCUCGCUGCAUUGACUUUAUGAAUUUAUCGAUUUCACCUUCUUCGAGAAGUUCAAUGCAUUCGAACCCAGAGCCUUGUCUUGAAGAUAGCUCAUACCAGGAGUUGAAUGAUCAAGACUUGGAGCUUAAUGGUGAAUCAUCCUCUAUGCCAACUGCAAUUGAGAAUGCAGAGGAUUCAGCUACGGUUUGCUGUGAUAUGAGAACAUCCAGUAAGAUGGACUCUGAAUCCUGCCGACCAGCUGAGUUGAGGAAGCUUCCUAAGGGGAUGCCGCCAAAGGGUCUCUGGGAUAAUCCUAACCAACUUUCAGAAGAGAUGGUUAGAUGUAUGAAGAAUAUAUUCAUGUCUUUGGCAGAUUCUGCUAUGACAUCUAAAUCUGACUCACUAGAGAACAGCUACUCAUCUUUGUCACCGCGCGGACACCUUUCGAGUUCAUCAUGGUGGUCAUCUGAGCGGUCUAUGAUCUCGUCAUGGAUGCACAGCCCACAGGUUGACAUACAGAGUAACUCUGAGGUGUUGGCCUUUGAGAAUGUCUGUGAUCCGUACAGAGUUCGUGGAAAAUUAAGUUGGGCCGACAUUGGAAACUAUGGGUUAGCAACUGAAGUUUCUUGGAUGUCUGUUGGGAAAAAGCAAUUAGAAUACGCUGCAGGGGCACUGAGGAAAUUCAGAAUACUUGUUGAGCAACUUGCAAAAGUAAAUCCUAUCCACCUGAACCGCAAUGAGAGGCUCGCUUUCUGGAUUAACUUAUACAAUGCAUUGAUAAUGCAUGCAUAUUUAGCCUAUGGAGUCCCCAGAAGUGACUUGAAGCUUUUCUCUUUAAUGCAGAAGGCCGCAUACACCGUUGGAGGACAUUCUUUCAGUGCAGCUGCUAUUGAGUAUGUUAUUUUGAAGAUGAAACCACCUCUUCAUAGACCGCAAAUUGCUUUGCUUCUUGCUCUUCACAAGCUGAAGGUCUCCGAGGAGCAACGGAAAUCUGCGAUUGGUACCCAUGAGCCACUUGUUGCUUUUGCUUUGAGCUGUGGAAUGUACUCUUCACCAGCGGUAAGAAUUUACACAGUAGGGAAUGUAAGGGAAGAGCUGGAAGAAGCACAACGCGAUUAUAUUCGCGCUUCAGUUGGAAUUAGCAGCAAAGGAAGACUAUUAGUGCCAAAAAUGCUUCACUGCUUUGCCAAAAGCUUUGUGGAUGAUUCAAAUUUGGCUGUGUGGAUAUCCCAUUACCUUCCACCCCACCAAGCUGCAUUUGCCGAACAAUGUAUAUCGCAGAGGCGACAAAGUCUCCUUGGCUCACGCAACUGUGGCAUACUUCAUUUCGAUUCACGCUUCCGAUAUCUAUUUCUGCCUGACAAGUUUCUUGUUUGAUGAUGCGAACUUUGGGAUGCUACAAAUUUCUUUGCUUGCAUUGGUCUAUGCACGUGAAAGCCAAACACCUACUUCAUCGGUUCAAAUGAGCCGCGGCAACAGAAUUGAAAUUCAAACAAAAGAGAAUGGCGGCAAACUUUGGCCUUUUGCCAUGUAGACCACCACAUAUAUAUACCUCGAGGGUGUUGUACAUUUUGUUCAUGCAUAAUGCUUGUAGCAAUUGAUGUGAUAUACUGGUAUUGUUCAACAAAUGUGAAAUGAGAGUUUAGAUAACUGGGAAAUUGUCCUCACAUUCCCUAGGUUUUGUCAAUAUUAUACGAGCUUUUCAGGUUGAA